ACUGUUUAAAUAAUCAUGGUGUUGAACUGUUGCCAGGUAUGUCUGUGGGACCCAGGCACUGGAAAACAGUUGGGACAUACACUGGUAGGACACAAGCAGUGGAUCACCUGGUUGUGCUGGAAACCUUUACACUUAGAUCCAGAUAGUCGAUUCUUAGCAAGUUCUUCAAAGGAUGGAACGAUUAAGAUCUGGGACACAGUUUUAUUCCAGUGUACGAUAACACUGUCUGGUCAUCUACAGUCAAUUACUUGUGUCAAGUGGGGUGGAACCGACCUCCUGUACACCUCCUCACAGGAUAGAACUGUCAAGGUGUGGAGGGGCGACAAUGGAGUGUUGUGUCGGACCCUUCAAGGUCAUGGUCACUGGGUCAAUACAAUGACUUUGAGUACAGAUUAUGUAAUGAGGACAGGAGCGUUUGAUCCUGCCGAUGCCCAGCUGGUGCACGGAGACAUCACAGACUCAAGUAAGUGUACCUUUUGUUGGUAAACAAUAUCAUAUUGGGAGUACAUGUGUACAUGUAUUUGUUGGGUUUUUUUUCAGAAAAAAAAAUCGAAAUUUUGAAGA